AAAAAAAACAUUCGAUCGAUGAUGAUUUGGUGAUUUGAUUAAUUUAUUUUGUAUUUUCUUCAAAAACAAAAACAAAAAACGAAAACGAAAUGCGAUCCGUAUCGGAAAAUCCAUCAUUAAUCUAUGGAUUAGAUCAUGAAUGUCGUGCAUUAUGUUCACAAUAUAGUGAACAUCUUCCAUCAAGAUUUUUUGUCGGUACACAAUCAUUAAAAUCGAAUGAAAAUUAUGUUCAUUUAUUGGAAUAUAUUGAAGAAAGUAAUUCAUUAUUAAAAGCUGUAUUUCGUCAUAGUUAUGGUGAAAUAUGGCAUAUGAUUUCAUUUUCAAAACAACCACAAAAUUUAUUAACAUGUUAUUCAUCAUUAUCGGAAACGAAUAAAAUUAUCAAUUGUUUUACAUUAUGGCAUAUACCUAUUGAUAUUACUGAAAAUCUAAAUGAAAAUGAAAAUGCCGUCGUAUUGGAAUUGGAAAAAUAUCAUACAUUUGAUCGGGAAAAAUUUGAUGAAAAUUUUGGUCGUAUUGCUCGUCUAAAACCAGAUGAUGAAAAUGAAUUAAUAUUAUGUUUGGAAAGUAAAUUAGCUUAUAUUGAUUUGGAAACACAACAACUUAAACGUUAUAUAACUAUUGAUAAUCCUGGUGGUAAUAAUAAAACAAUGCAUUCGAAUCGUUUAUCCAAAAUAUCCACCUGUAAUUGGAGUCCACAUUUUAAUUCAAAUAUUGUAACUAUUGUUUGUAAUAAUAAUAUUUAUGCAAAAGAUUUACGAAUAUCAUCAUCAUCGAAUAAUAAUGUAUGGCAAAUAACACAAGCUCAUAGUCAAAUGAUACGUGAUAUGGAUUUUAAUCCAAAUUCACAACAUUAUCUUGCAACUGGUGGUGAUGAUUGUCAAAUGAAAUUUUGGGAUAUUCGUGAUACAACAAAACCAGUAUUGAAAAUGUUACAUCAUACACAUUGGGUUUGGUCCGUACGUUAUAAUUCAUUUCAUGAUCAUUUAGUAUUAUCAUCAAGUAGUGAUGGUAAUGUUAAUCUAUUACGUAUAUCAUCAAUUGCAUCACAACCAUAUGGACAAUUAAUUGAACAAGAAGAUUUAUUAGAUAAAGAAGAAGAUUUUAAUAUAAAACGUUUAUUAAUAUCAUCGAAUCAACAAUCAAAUCAAAAUCCAAAUAAUAAUCAAAAUGAUGAUGGUUUAAUUAAAAAAUUUGAAGAUCAUGCUGAUAGUGUUUAUUCAAUUGAAUGGUCACCAAAUGAUCCAUGGAUUUUUGCAUCAUUAAGCUAUGAUGGACGUUUAAUUAUAAACAAAGUACCUGAUGAAGAAAAAAUGAAUAUUUUUGUUUAACAAGAACAACAAGUAAACAUACAUACAUACCAUAUGGUAACCAUGGUGAUUGAAUUGUUUUUCCAUUU